AUACACUGCUAAUCAUUCAAACUACUAUUAUCCUUCAAUCUUCGUAGCUUUCAUUUUCCUUCAAAUUUCCUAUACAACUUCCUUGCUUUAACUAUAGAAGAUGGCUGCAACUAUGAUAGGAGGAGCUUUUCUCUCUGCAACUGUUCAAACCUUAGUUGAGAAACUUGCUUCAAAAGAAUUUCUUGAUUACAUCACAAACACCAAGCUCAAUGUCUCACUCUUGAGACAGUUAAAAACAACACUGCUCACUCUUCAGGCUGUGCUGGAUGAUGCUGAGGAGAAGCAGAUCAACAAUCCUUCUGUCAAACAAUGGCUUGAUGACUUGAAAGAUGUUGUCUUUGAUGCCGAGGAUUUGUUCAACCAAAUCAGCUACGAUUCUCUACGUUGCAAGGUGGAGAAUACACAAGCUGCAAACAAGACUAAUCAGGUGUGGAAUUUCCUUUCAUCUCCUUUUAAAAACAUCUUUGGAAAGAUCAAUUCCCAAAUGAAGAUCAUGUGUGAAACCCUGCAGCUUUUUGCACAGCAUAAAGAUAUCCUUGGUUUGCAAAUUAAAAGUGCACGAGUUUCUCAUAGAACACCUUCAAGUUCUAUGGUCAAUGAACCUGUCAUGGUUGGUAGGAAAGAUGACAAAGAGAUAGUAAUGAACAUGUUACUAUCAGAUAAUGGCACUAGCAAUAACAAUAUAGGCGUUGUUGCAAUUUUAGGCAUGGGUGGUGUCGGAAAAACAACACUUGCACAGCUUGCUUACAAUGAUGAUAAAGUUCAAGAGCACUUUGAUCUCAAAGCAUGGGCUUGUGUAUCUGAGGAUUUUAAUAUUUUGAAAGUAACAAAAACUCUCCUUGAAUCUGUCACUUCAAAGGCAUGGGAAAGUAAUAAUCUUGAUGUUCUUCGAGUUGAACUAAAGAAAUAUUUGAGAGACAAAAGAUUUUUGAUUGUGUUGGAUAACCUAUGGAAUGAUAAUUAUAAUGAUUGGGAUGAACAUGUAACUCCCUUGAUUAAAGGAAAUAGUGGAAGUAGAGUGAUUGUCACAACACGCCAAGAAAAAGUUGCAAUUGUUGCACACACAUUUCCUAUUCAUAAAUUAGAAGUUCUAUCAGAUGAAGACAGUUGGUCAUUACUCUCAAAGCAUGCAUUUGGAAGUGAAGAAUUUUGUGGAAGUAAAUGCUUAAACCUAGAAGUUAUUGGCAGAAAAAUUGCGAAAAAAUGUGGUGGAUUGCCCAUAGCUGCUAAAACACUUGGAGGAUUAUUGCGUUCAAAAGUAGAUACUAAAGAGUGGAUUGAAGUUCUAAAUAGUGAAAUAUGGAACUUACCAAAUGAUAAUAUUUUGCCUGCAUUGUUUCUGAGUUAUCAAUAUCUUUCCUCUCAGUUGAAAUGGUGUUUUUCCUAUUGUUCCAUUUUUCCGAAGUACUAUCCACUUGAUAGGAAGCAAUUGGUUUUCUUGUGGAUGGCAGAAGGAUUCCUUGAUCAUUCUCAAGACCGAAAAUCUAUGGAGGAAGUAGGCGACGAGUGUUUUGCUGAAUUUUUAUCUAGAUCAUUAAUUCAACAAUUGCAUGAUGAUUCUAGAGGACAAAAGUUUGUCAUGCAUGACCUGGUUAAUGAUUUAGCUACAGUUGUAUCUGGAAAAAGUUGUUAUAGGCUUGACUUUAGUGGCGACAGCUCUAAAAAUGUGCGCCAUUUGUCAUAUAAUCAAGAAGAGUUUGACAUAGGCAAUAAGUUUAUGAUUUUAAACAAAUUCAAAUGCUUAAGAAGCUUCCUACCUAUUGGCUCUGGAUGGGAAAGUUACUUAUCAAUAAAGGUGGUCAAUGAUUUUCUACCCUCACUUGGAAGGCUGCGGGUCUUAUCAUUAUCAAAAUAUGAUAACAUCACCGUGGUUCCAGAUUCAAUUGGCAAUUUGGUGCAUUUGCGCUAUCUAGACCUCUCUCACACUAAAAUCAAAAGCUUGCCAGACACAAUGUGCAAUCUCUAUAACUUGCAAACCUUGCUUCUAUCAGGGUGCUCAAAUCUCACAGAACUUCCAGAAAAUAUUGGAAAGUUAAUUAAUUUACGUCACCUUGAUGUCGAUAUGACGAGCAUAACAGAGAUGCCAAAGCAAAUUGUUGAACUAGAAAACCUUCAAACUUUAACUGUUUUUGUAGUAGGCAAGAAAAAUAUUGGUUUAAGUGUCAGAGAACUCGGGAGGUUUCCUAAACUACGGGGGAAAUUAUUCAUCAAGAACUUGGAAAAUGUCAUUGAUGUUGUGGAAGCAUAUGAUACCAACUUGAAGAGCAAAGAACAUAUUGAGGAAUUAACGUUACAGUGGGGCAAAGAAACUGAUGACUCACUUAAAGAUAAAGAUGUGCUUGAUAUGUUACAACCAUCACCAAACCUGAAGAAGUUGAGCAUUGACUUGUAUGGUGGGACAAGUUUUCCUAGUUGGUUGGGAGAUUCUUCAUUUUUUAACAUGGUGUCCCUUCGCAUCGAUAAUUGUGCAUAUUGCGUGACACUUCCACCACUAGGGCAGCUAACUUUUCUCAAGGACCUAAGUAUAAGAUGUAUGUCAACAUUGGAGACAAUUGGCCCGGAGUUUUAUGGAAUGGUAGGAGGAGGUUCCAACUCUUCCAUUCAACCCUUUUCAUCCCUUGAGGAGCUGGUAAUUAAGGAAAUGUCAAAUUGGAAGGAAUGGCUUCCCCUUCAAGACGACAUAUUUCCUUUUCCUCGUCUUAAAACUCUAAAGUUAUCUAAGUGUCCUGAACUGAGAGGGUGUUUUCCUAGUCAUCUUCCUUCCAUAGAAGAAAUCAAAAUAAAAGAUUGUGAUCUUCUGGCCACACCAUCAACUGAGCCUUGGCUCUCCUCAAUUAAAAAACUUUUUAUUGCAAGAGAUUUACAUUCUGAAAGCAAUACUAAACACAUACAAUGCUCAUUGCUUGAGAGUGAUUCUCCAUAUCUUCUGCAAGAUAUGACGAUAAGGAGUUGUCAAAUCCUUAAAUCUGGUCCUGAGAUGAUUGUAAACAGCACUUGUCUCAGAGAAUUGAAUCUUUGUGGCCUUUGGUCUCUCAAUUCAUUUCCAACAAAUGGUCUAUCCACUUCUUUGCAAACACUUUGUAUUCGCGAUUGUAACAACUUAGCAUUCCUCCCUCUUAAAACGUGGAGCAAUUACACAUCGCUUGUGAAACUUGAUUUACAUAAUAGUUGUGACACACUUACCUCCUUCCCAUUGAAUGGUUUUCCUAUGCUCCAAGAUCUUUCCAUUUGUGAAUGUAGGAGUUUUGAAUCUAUUUUUAUUCCAGAAACUUCUUCCCUUAGCUUGUCAACCCUCCAAUAUCUUUAUGUCGAUGGUUGCAAGGCACUUGCAUUAUUACCUCAACGGAUGCACACCCUCACCGCUCUUGUAUUUAUGUACCUCCGUAAUCUUCCAAGUUUGAAGUUAUCAUUUUGCAAUGGAGCUUUGUUACCUCCCAAUUUAGAUUCAUUUUAUGUUGAUUUUGUGAGAAUAACAAAGCCUGUAACAGAGUGGGGUUUCCAAGGCCUUACUACUCUUUCAUCAAUGCAUAUCGGAGGUGAUGAUAUUGUUAACAUGUUGCUCAAGGAACAAGUGCUGCCUAUUUCCCUGGUUUAUCUAACUAUAAGGAAUCUCUCUGAAAUUAAAUCCUUUGAAGAAAAUAAACUUCGACACCUCUCCUCUCUAAAAAGUCUCGCCUUUUAUGAUUGUUCAAGACUCGAGUCAUUGCCAGAAAACAUGAUGCUGACCUCGCUGAAAUGUCUUCUAUUUGAAAAUUGUGAAAAUCUUGAGUCGUUACCAGAAAACAACCUCCCUGACUUUCUUGAGCUACUGUGCAUUAAUGAAUGCCCAUUGUUAGAAGAAAGGUAUAAAAAGAAGGAACAUUGGUCCAAAAUUGCACACAUUCCUGUCAUACAAAUAAAUGACCAAGUCACAAUAUGAGCCAUGGCCAUUCAGAAGCAAGGGGGAUGAACUAUUGCUUCUGUUAUCAUGUGCUGCACUGGCCUAUAGUCAUUAUGGUCACUAAAAAAUGUAUAGAAAUGGGACUCUUUUCUAUUCAGUUAGUUUUGUGUAUAUUUUAGUUUUCUGAUUCUGUUGCACUUAUUACAUGUUCUGAUGAAUGAAGUGCUUAACAUUAUCUUAUUGUACCAUAUAAAUAUUUAUGUGUU